AUGAUGGCGUUCUCGAUAUCGCCUUUGUUGGUCGCCAUCUUGACCGUUUUUCAUUUUGGACCUGUGGCGGCGGCGACUGGCGACAUCAACCUCUGCGGCCAGUCAGAUCACUGGAACUCUACAGAGGUCCCUUAUUCAUUCAACAACAAUGCUUGGGGUAACGAUAGCUCAGGUUACCAGUGCAUGGCCGUGCAUGAUGGCGGUCGCAGCUUUGAUGUCACCUACAAGUGGACAGGUGAAGCCUCUCUAGUUAAAGGCUUCCCGUAUCUGAAGGCUCAUCCCGCACGUCUGCCUGUGCAGCUGUGGAACGUCUCCAGACUCCAGUUUACUGCCAACUGGAGGACCUACGUCUCCGGCAAGGAGAACGCCAGCCCCGAGGAGCAGGCCAGGGCGUUCGAUGAGAUCAGCCUCCACUCCAACGUCGCUGUCGACAUGUUCCUGUCCGACGACAUCACUAACUCGACUGGCCUCAAUGCCCCCUUUGAGAUUAUGAUUUGGCCAUGGUGGGUGCCCACGGUUAAGCCUCUGGGCUGGGCGGACUCUACGCCCGACAAGGAUGUCGUUACCAUUGACGGCACCCCGUUCUCUUUGUAUCAUGGCUGGAACGAUGGCGGCCAGCACGUGUUUUCCUGGCUGUCUCGCAAGAACCUCACCAAGACGGACGCCGACUACAGCCCGCUGUUGAAGUACAUCUGGAAGAAGGGUCUGCUCUCCGGAGCCCUCUACCUCGGUCAACUCGAGCUCGGCACCGAGAUCAAGCAUGCCGGGGCGGAGGUUCGCUUUGAGGUCAACAACUACAACUUGAGCAUCGUUAGACAGGGCGACCCGGAAGAUGUCGUGACGAAGACGACGUCCACGAGAUUGUCCACGAGCUCUUCCGCAUCGACAUCGACGACGACGGCCGCCCUGACCACGGUCCCUUCCGAGAUGUUGGUCUCCGCCACCACUACAAGCACCCCCACCAGUACCAAUGCGGCAUCUCCUACGGGAUUGAUGGAUCUUAUGCCAUGGCCGUUGGCCCUUGCCGCUAUAAUAUAUAAUCACUAG